UUACAAAUUAUUUCACGUAUCCAUCAAAUAUACAAACGAAUACUUGUACUUGAUUAUUUAGAAUAACAUGUGGAAUAUUCCGAACGACGGUUACUCAUUUUAUAGCAAAUGUUACGAUGAUAUUGAAUUCUGACAACGUGCGUUCAUUCACAUAACCUAUAUUAAAUUGGUUAUCGUCGGACUGACAUCGCAGAUCACUUCAACAAUUCACUGAAGAUUCAUCAUCAUGGAGAAACAUUUGUAUAUAUCAUCCCUAUUUGGUGGUGGAAUGGCAGGAUUGGCAGCUGAUGUAUCCUUAUUUCCAUUGGAUACGUUAAAGACAAGGUUGCAGGCGCCGCAAGGAUUCAAGAGAUCCGGCGGAUUCAAUGGUGUAUAUAAAGGCAUUGGUCCUCAAGUUCUUGGAAGCGCUCCGCAAGCGGCUCUAUUCUUCUGCACAUACGAAUCUGUUAAACACUUUGCAUCGCCGCACGUGUCCAGUCAAGCGUUACCUUUGGUACACAUGCUUGGAGCUUCACUGGGAGAAGUGGUCGCUUGCAUAGUGAGGGUCCCUAUGGAAGUUGUAAAACAAAGAAGGCAAACCAGUUCUAGUCACAAUUCGUCUUGGAAAAUAGCAUACGACGCUUAUAGUAAAGAAGGAUUCUUCAAAGGUUUAUACAGAGGUUUCGGUUCUACGGUUCUACGAGAAGUACCAUUCUCGUUCAUUCAACUUCCUAUUUUGGAGUACCUCAAGAACGUGUACAGGAUAAAACUGAAAAAUAACAUUAAUUUGGAACCGUGGGAAGUCGCCAAUUGCGGCGCUGUAGCAGGUGGAAUUUCAGCUGGUUUAACGACUCCUUUAGAUGUCGUUAAAACGAGAAUCAUGUUGGCAGAGCGAAGUCUUAACCAGUCGCUCAGAUAUGGAGCCGUUUGGAAGGAGGUUUAUGUACAAAACGGAAUAAAAGGAUUAUUUGCAGGUUUCGUGCCCAGAGUUAUGUGGAUUACGGUGGGAGGCUAUAUUUUCUUCGGAAUGUAUGACUAUUCAAAGAAUCUUUGCAAUACUUACUUGCUGGAUGGAGCAGAACUCGAGGACUGAUUUUUAAUAAUUUGUAGUUAAACGUUGAAAGAUAGCUAACUUUCUGUAGCAACCAAUGAUAAAUAUUGUUUUUAAGUA